CUCUUAAACAGAAGUGGGUGUGGGUAGGUAUUCCUGUGUAUACACAGUGACGAAGAUCCCUAUGAACGACAAUUCUCUCUAUCAAGCUUCAAACUUUAACCCAACCCAGGUCUGAAUUUUUCCUCUAUUUUCAUUUCCCUCUUUUUUCUUCUUCCAAUUUUCACUCAAAUACUUCAAAUCCAUCUUUGCUUUGAAACAACUUUUUUCUGAUACAUCUAUCAUUUUUCCUUUUUUUUGAUCUUUUUUCAGCUGUUUCAGAUACCCUUUUGCCUAAAACAAACUAAAAACUUGAAUUGAGUGAAGAAUUUUGUAAUAUUUGUUCAUUUGUAAAGUAAAGUAAAGUAAGGAAUCUGUGUUGGGUGGUGAAUUGGGAAGAGGGUUGUGGUGUUUGUGGAUAUGGAAUUGGAAGUUGUUGAGGAUCAAUUCUAUGAUACAAGGGAAGAUUUGUGUUCUGUUUCUGAUGAUGGUUUUGAUUAUUGUUUAGAAUCUUGUUCUGGUGGUAAUAUUAUUAAUAAUAAUGAACAUGUUACUAGAUUCAAUGUUUGGAUUAACAACCUUGAUAGUGUUCACCGUAGAAGAUUCAAUUUUUUAAGAUGGAUGGGUUUAGAGUAUGAUGAGAAUUCAGUUGAGGGAGAUGAGUUUGGAGACGAUCCAUCUUGUGGAGUUGACCGAAUAAGCAGGACUAUGUUCAGAACUGUAGAGGGUUUUCCCUCAACCUCAAACCAGAUUGUGUUAGAUUCCUUGUCAAAUGAAGCUUCUAGUUUGUUAGAAAAUCGCGAUGAUGGUACGGAGAAUUUGACAUGUAUGAUAAAGAAUUUGGAUGAUGGAACAGAAUAUGUUGUAGAUAAAUUGGAUCAGGAGGGAAAACUUGAUACUCUGCGUGUUCUGGGUUCGAACCAGUUGAUUAGUUUCGAAGAGUUUCAUAAAAAUAUUGGGCCGUCGUCGUUUGUUCGCCGACAUCUGCAGAGAGAUGCUGAAAGUACUAGAUUGUUGAGUGUUGCCAAAAAGAAGAUGAAGAAAGGGUGGUUAAGCAAACUGGAUUCUAUUGCUUGUUUUUAUCACAAUCAAGGGUUUGAUGAAACUUGCUGCAACAAAGACUUUGAUUCUAGGAUACAUAGAGUCCGUGUUCAUCCGCAUAAGAAGCGAGUUAAGGAGCUUUCGUCUCUUUACACUGAACAGGAGUUUAAAGCACACAAAGGCGUUAUUUUGACGAUGAAGUUUAGUCUUGAUGGAAAAUAUUUGGCUAGUGGUGGUGAAGACGGCAUUGUUCGUGUGUGGCAGGUGGUUGAGAAUGAAAGAUCAAAUGAAUUGAACAUUCUGGACAAUGAUCCAUCAAAUAUAUAUUUCAAAAUGAAUCAGUUUACUGGUUGUGUGGCUCCCCUUGACGUAGAUAAAGAUAAAUUAGUUAAAACAGAGAAGUUGAGGAAAUCAUCUGCUUCAACUUGUGUAAUCAUCCCACCAAAGACCUUCCGCAUAUUGGUGAAACCUUUGCAUGAAUUCCAGGGGCAUAGUGAUGACAUUUUAGACCUUGCAUGGUCUAAAUCAGGGUUUUUACUGUCAUCCUCCGUUGAUAAGACUGUGCGCCUAUGGCAAGUAGGGAUUAGCAAAUGUCUUCGAGUUUUCUCUCACAAUAAUUAUGUAACAUGUGUGAAUUUCAAUCCCGUAAAUGAUAAUUUUUUCAUCAGUGGUUCAAUUGAUGGAAAGGUGCGCAUCUGGGAAGUUGUUCGCUGUCGUGUUGUUGAUUACAUUGAUAUCAGAGAGAUAGUCACAGCUGUAUGCUUCUGCCCUAAUGGACAGGGCACAAUCGUGGGUACCAUGACCGGCAAUUGCCGUUUCUAUAAUAUCCUAGAUAAUCAUAUGAAAAUGGAUGCUGAAUUUUCGUUACAAGGCAAAAAGAAGACAUCGGGGAAAAGGAUCACUGGCUUUCAGUUUUCGCCCAGUGACCCGACCAAAUUAUUGGUUGCUUCUGCCGAUUCACAUGUCUGUAUACUCUCUGGAGUUGAUGUCAUCUACAAAUUCAAGGGUCUGAGAAGUGCAGGUCAGAUGCAUGCUUCCUUCACCUCUGACGGGAAACAUAUCGUUUCACUUAGUGAAGGUUCAAAUGUUUGUAUCUGGAAUCACACUGGCCAGGAUAGGAAUACUUCCAAAGCAAAGAAGAUUAUGUCUUCUGAGAGUUUUCUAUCCCACAAUGCAACAAUCGCCAUACCUUGGUGUGGCAUUGAGUCAACGCCGUUGUCUCCUUCACUCGGAGAAGAGUUGAUUCAAAGGUCAUCUUUGUCUUCUCCUGAUUGUUUCUUCAUGAGUCGCGGAUUUCUUUCCGAGUUAGUCCCAAAGGUUUCUGCAACAUGGCCUGAGGAGACGCUUCUUGACUCGGGUCAAACUGUUGUUUCUCCUACAAUAUGUAAAUCAGAGUAUAGGUUCUUGAGAAGUGCUUGCAAGGGAAUGUCUAAUUCUCACUUGUGGGGCCAAGUAAUUGUAACAGCAGGAUCUGAUGGAUUCAUAAGAGUGUACCAAAAUUAUGGCUUACCCGUUCGUGUUUGAAACACGGUAGUUUGUUGGAGCAUCCAAAAUUAAGUUAUGCAGCUUCAUCAUUUGGUAGCACACAUGGAUACCAUCAUGUAAUAUUAUUCUCAUACGAAAGUUGAUGUCCGUUAUACGAUUCUUUUAUUUUUAAGGAUUGUCAGUUAAGAAAAUGUAAGUUUCAGUUUUGCUGAUAGUCCUUGUCAAGAUGUAAUUCCUGAUUGUGUAUAGUAUAUAGAAGAUUUCAUUCAUUUUAAUUUAUAGAUACAUGAAUGUAUACAUGAAAUGCAUAAUGACUAUGCAGCUGUUUGCACUUGUCUAUGCUUGCAUAAAUGCAAAAUGAAAUUUUUGGUC